CUACACAGGUCAGGGACCCCUCCACCGUCUCGCUCGCUCGUGACUUAGCCUCCAUGGCCGAAGCCGCCACUCCGUCCACCUCCGCGGCCGGCCCUCUCCACCUCAUCUUCCGCCGCCGCCGCCAUCACCCCUUCUCCACCUCCGCCAAUGGCGCAACCACCACAGCCACCCCCUCUCCCCACCCCACCCCACCCCACCCCACCUCACCGCACCACCAACCCCUGCGUAUCCCCUUACUAAAGCCGAGCCCACCACCCACCAUGCUCCCCCUCCUCAGAUCCCACCCACUCCUCCUCCACCAUGCCGCCCACCUCUCCACGCCACGUGCCCACCUCCUCUGCUACGCCAGCUGAUCCGCAUGGCUUCCUCCGGCUCCAAAGCCAACUCCCCCGCUCUGUCAUCGCCGCCCCCAAUGCUGCACAAGUCAAAGAUCCGAUUUUGCCCUGCUUGUGGAAGUCCGACGAAAUUGGCUAUACCAGAUGGGGAUGAGAAGAUGAGGCUGUUUGUUCUUCUUGUGGAAGAGUUCACUAUGAAAACCCCAAAAUGGGAUUCAGUGAUAGUGAUGCACAAGGAAAGGUCUGUAGCUUAGACAAGCAAGCAAGAGAAGUUCAUGUGGUCCUAAAGCAACAAAUCAUGCUCGCGGACUUGUGUGAAGAAUCACCAUUCCUAACUUAUCUAUCCCC